GCAGCAGAAGACGAUUUUUUCCAUUGUUUCACCACGCCCUAAUUGGCUCAAAACUCCCAACCCAGAAAAACUGCUAGUAUUCUUUUCAUUUUACAUCCUUGUACCCAAAUUAUAAGCUCGAGAAAUGGCAGAAGUUCCAUCUUUAAUGUCUCUGGGCAUGGAGGCAAUAAAAAGACAGCUCCUUUGGGGAGAUGAUGUUUUGCCUGAUAUAUAUGAGCUUCCUUCCCAUAUAUUUGAUAGCUUGGUCACAGAAUUACCUCCCUUGGCUUUGCACAAGUUAGAAGCAGAAAUGCCUUAUAAGAACUGGGAUGAUUAUGAGUGUACUGAUGGUUGCCCGGAAAUUGGAACUAAGCGUGGAAGAAGUGGUAACUUCAGUAAAGCAUGGAAGCUGUUAUUUAAGCAGCGCUGGCCUCAGCUUGUUGACCAUCCUGAGCCAGUUAACUGGCAGCAGAUCUAUUGGCAAACACAUUUGCAAAAUUGCCUCGAUGAAGCUGCAGCAUUAGCAUCUAUCCCCUCAUUUGACGGAUGCAUUGGGAAGAUGAAAGUUUCAGACAAUAUAAUGAUAUGCAUUGGUUGCGGAGGACACUUGAAUCAUUCAAUCUAUUCAAUGUUAUCUUACCACUUCGAACAAUUUGGGCACUAUGCUAGAUUUCUGAGACUUCCAAAUGUACUUUGCGUUGCAGAAACUUGUAAAUUACUGAGGAACAGCAAACUGCAAAGUUUAGCACUGCGAUGGAUCAGAUCCAAAGAACAUGUUGAUGGAUUAUGCCAAUUGCUAAUUCAAAACAUUGAAACAUUGACAUCACUUGAAUUUAUUCACUGCAAGCUUUCAUCAACUUUUGUCAAUGCAAUAUGUGGUUGUCUGGAAAUAAAAGGGAAAGAGACACAUAUCAUACAGAACUUCUCAAUCAGGACAUCAAACUUCCUUGAAAACAAUGCAGUUUCCUUUCCUCAAUCCUUUGUAUCAUUUCUUUCUUCAGGAAGGUCCUUGUGUUCAUUAAGAUUUUGUGACAACAACCUAGACCGAUACUUUGCACAGAUGCUUUUUACUAUCCUUAUCAAUGCUUCCUCUAGCAUAUCCACCCUUGACCUUUCAGACAACAGCAUAGCAGGAUGGCUCUCUAAUUUCAACAGGGGAUCCUCAAGCAGGCUCCCAUCAUCUUUGGGGACUUUCAAGUCUUUGCAAUCAUUGCAUGAGCUUAAUUUAAGGACAUUAAGUGCUUGUGGUAAUUUUCCUCCACCUUUCAAUUUAGGGCACAACGGAUAUAUAUUGAUUUACGAAGCCAUCAUCUAUAACAUCGCGCAUGGAGUGUUUCAUAUAUUGUGGAAAUCCUUAUCUUGUUUCAGGGGAAAUAAUCUUCAUAAGUACGAUGUGGAGAGUCUUCGGAAUGCACUUUUUUUAAUGCCUAAUUUGGAGGUUCUGGAUUUAAGUGACAAUCCCAUUGAGGAUGAAGGAAUCAGAUGCCUGAUCCCCUAUUUUGUUGAGGCUCCAGAAAGAUGCAGUCCAUUGGCAGUGCUGAAUUUAGAGGACUGUGAGCUUUCUUGGAAUGGAGUGACUCAACUUUUAGACACCCUUUCAACCCUGAAAAGACCUUUGCGCUCUCUCACACUUGCAGAUAAUGGCCUUGGCAGUCUAGUAGCUGGAUCUUUGGGAAAGUUUUUGGCCACAUCUAUUACUGAACUUAAUAUUGGAGGCAUUGGACUGGGUUCAGCUGGUUUUCUCGAACUGCAAAAAGGAAUGACGGUAGAAUUGAAGCUUGUCAAGAUCAACAUAAGCAAAAAUCGUGGUGGGCUUGAAACUGCAAGAUUUUUGUCCAAGCUCAUGUCAUCAGCUCCAGAUCUUGUUGUAGUUAAUGCAUCUUAUAAUCUCAUGCCUGAAGAAACCUUGACCAUAAUAUGCUCUGCUCUAAAGGCUGCAAAAGGUAACCUUCAGAGUUUGGACUUGACUGGGAAUAUGUGGGACUGUCAACAAACUUACGCCUCCGUACUUGCCGAAUUUCAACAUAAUGGAAGGCCUAUCUUGAUUCUUCCCUCAGCAUACGCCCCAGAUGUUCCUUAUGAUGAUGAUCCAUAGAUGGAAAAACAUUCACAUACUUGUUGGAAACAGUUAUGCAGCAUUACCCGUUAAGAGUUGUCUGAACUGCAUGUCAUACAGCAAAGGGGGCUUCAGAGAGUGGACCGAAGCCGACGUGGACGAAAGGUACCGCUAUCAAGUUAAGGGCCUUUUGAUUGCCGAGUACUGGCUAAGCUGUUUGUACUUUUAUUACAUUAUCACUUGAUACAAGCUGCCAUUGUUAAUUUCUUAUCACUUGGUUGUGGCAAGUGCAUUAUUAGGAAGAUGCGUGAAUUGCAUACGGCUAAGAUGUAUGUAUGAAUUUUCAAAAUGUAAAAAUUUCUCCUCGACUUUUUAAUUGGCAUAAUGCAUUUUGUCAAGCAUAAAGACGGCUGAAUUUUUUGUCUGUAAGACUUUGUACCCUGGAUUACAACUGAUUUGGUUGGUUUGAAAUAGGAUAACGUGUCACUUAUAAAGGUUUUGGGUAUUCCCCUUC